UUGUUCUUAUUGGUCAAUUAAAUGCUACUUUACCCAUUGAGUAAAGUUUUGGAACGCACCCACGAAGUAGAAGAAAAGUACGGUGGGAAGAGUCAGUAAACGCGCGUCAGUCGUGCACAAUCGCGGUCAGUCGUGCCUGAAAAUGGCGUUAUCUUGUGCGAUUUCCAAUGAAGUGCCAGAACAUCCAGUAAUAUCUCUUGUUUCUGGAUCAAUAUUUGAAAAACGUCUUAUUGAAAAAUAUGUUGCUGAAAAUGGAGUUGAUCCUACUAAUGGCAAAGAACUCACUAUUGAACAGUUAAUUGAUGUAAAAGCAACUCCUAUUGUCAAACCCAAGCCACCUAGUGCUACAUCCAUUCCUGCAAUAUUAAAAAUUCUACAAGAUGAAUGGGAUGCUGUUAUGUUACACUCAUUUACACUACGACAACAACUUCAAACUGCCAGACAGGAACUCUCCCAUGCUUUAUAUCAACAUGAUGCAGCCUGCCGUGUAAUAGCAAGAUUGACUAAAGAAGUUACUGCUGCUAGAGAAGCUUUAGCCACUCUAAAACCUCAAGCUGGAAUUGUACAGGCUACGGCAAUUCCACAGCCUGCUGUGGCAGUAGAGGCUGGUGGUACAGCUGCCCAACCAAUGGAACAGGCUGGUAUCACCGAUGACGUUAUUCAAAAGCUUCAAGAGCGAGCGACUGUUCUUACUCAGGAACGAAAACGACGUGGACGCUCGGUACCGGAGGACCUAAUGCCACAGGACAAUAUUCGGGCAUUCCAAGCACUUGCAUCUCAUCCUGGACUUCACUCUGCCAGCGUGCCCGGAAUCCUUGCGCUUGAUAUUCACGGUGCUGACACUAGUAAGAUUUUAACAGGUGGUGCAGACAAAAAUGCUACAGUGUUCAAUAAGGAUACCGAGCAAGUUGUGGCUAUUCUCAAAGGUCAUACAAAGAAGGUUACACGUGUUAUUUACCAUCCAGAAGAGGAUAUUGUCAUGACAGCGUCGCCUGAUACUACGAUUCGUGUGUGGAAUGUCAGUACCAGUCAGACGACAUUGUUAUUGAAAGCUCACGAUGCCCCAGUAACUGGAUUAUCUUUGCAUCCAACCGGUGAUUAUCUGCUUAGCUCGUCUCUAGAUCAGCAUUGGGCCUUUUCGGAUAUACGUACUGGCAGAUUACUAACUAAAGUGGCGGGACAAGCUGGACAACCAUUGACUACUGCUCAGUUCCAUCCUGACGGUUUAAUCUUCGGUACUGGCACGGCAGAUUCUCAGGUGAAAAUCUGGGAUCUGAAAGAGCAAUCGAACGUGGCGAAUUUCCCGGGCCACACAGGUCCAAUCACGGCCAUUAGCUUCUCCGAAAACGGAUAUUAUUUGGCGACAGCAGCGGAAGAUUCAUGUGUGAAACUUUGGGAUUUACGUAAACUGAAGAAUUUCAAAACAUUACAGCUGGAGGAAUCCUACGAGGUGAAAGAUAUUUGUUUUGAUCAAAGUGGAACGUAUUUGGCCGUGGCUGGAACAGACGUGAGAGUAUACCUCUGCAAGCAAUGGCAGGAAUUGAAAGUGCUAAAUGAUCAUACAGCAGCGGCCACUGGCGUUCGUUUUGGUAAACACGCACAGUAUAUUGCUUCUACUAGUAUGGACAGAACACUGAAAUUGUACGGACUGUCGUAAAUUCAUAGGAAAACGUACGGAUUUUAUUAUUUAAUAUUGAAUUAAAUUACUAUGUGCAAAUAUAUCUAAUGAACUUGUCUUAUUUAAUCUUCAUUUAAUUUCUUAAAUUUGUUCAUUGACAGUAUUUGUCGAGAACUCAAAUAUUUUAAAAAUAUGAUUCUGAGAUGAAUUCUCGGAUAUUAUUAUUGGUAAAUUCGAUUGGAAACACUAGUAUGCACCAGUGUACACUAAGGCUGUUUUAUAGUCUCUAGUUUGUAUACUUAAGAUCAUCUUAAAUUUGCCUCUGAAUAUUCCGUAACCAGUGCAACGAUUUGUAUAUAGCAUUUGAAGAUGAUAUAAGACGAUAUAAUGUUCUGUGUGGUUAAUUUUUUAAAGUGACAGAAAAUUUGGUACCGAUGAAAUUAAUACAAGUCACGUUGCUUAUGUCGCGCGCUGAUUGGGUAGAGCAAAAAAGAAAGCAAGGGGUAUAUGCCUCGUAAAAACGGCAUGUUUACUAAUAAUUGUCACGUCGCAGAGAAUUAUUUCGAAGCCCGUGUAUAUAAACAGACGAUUUUAAAUAUAAAAUUAUAAAAUUUUAUAAAUAUAGCUAAGAUGUAGAUAUAGUCUCGCAUAUUAGACUAAGCAGACUGAGAUGAUUGGGAUACAUAUGUAGAAUGGAACAACCCUUUAAAGGCAAGAAAGCUUUUAAAACUAACAUUGCUAACAAUAAAAGACCGAAGGGCAAGUUGAGACACGGAUGGUGGAAAGGAACGAUCUAGACAAACUGGGUAUGCGGAAAUCUAGGGUCAGAGAGAGGGUUAAGUGCAGGCAGCUUCGUUCUGAGGCCAAGGUUCUCUUUAGGACCUUGUGGUGCUGUAGAUAGAAAUACAGCUAAAAUAUAAGAACGAACUAUGAAUUGACCUUAGUGUGCACUGGCGCGGACUUGUGCUUCCCCCCAAUCGAAUCCGCCAUACAAUAUACUAUUCAGAAGAAGUUCUCAGACAAGUUGAUAUAGAAUUCAAUACGUUGCUCUGUCAUACGUUUUUGUAAAAUCAUGCAAUUGUUUGAGUACAAUUGCAUAUAAAUAAAAUAAUGACCUGCAGAAUUUCCGAA